AUGGACUUCCUGCUGUGGCAGAACAGCGUCGCGAGCGUCUGCGGCGCGGUGGUCACGGCGCUGCUGGUGCAGGCCGCGUUCAACACACUCCGCUUGUUCUGCUCGCUCCUGAUAUUCGACUACCUAAAGAAAACCGACCCGGACCAACUGGACAAACUGGUGGCCAUCCCUGGCGACAUCAUGCAGCCGGGCUUGGGGCUCUCGGCCGCGGACCGCGCCACGCUGGAGGACGAGGUCAGCAUCGUCUUCCACUCGGCGGCUACCGUCAAAUUCGACGAGGUUCUCAAGGUGUCGGUCACCAUGAACGUCAAAGGCACGCAGUCACUCCUCCACUUGGCCAAGAAGAUGAGAAAUCUGGAGGCGUUCGUGCACGUGUCCACGGCCUACUGCAACUGCGACCGGUCUGUGAUCGACGAGAUCGUGUACCCCAGCCCCGCCGACCCCAAGCGCGUCAUGGAGAUGGUCGACUGGCUGGACGACGACGUGCUGGCCGACAUCACGCCGAGGCUGCUGGGCAACCGUCCCAACACGUACACGUACACCAAGGCUCUAGCGGAGAGCCUGCUCGUGAAGGAGAGGGAAGACCUACCGCUGGUGAUCGUCCGCCCCUCUAUCGUGACCUGCGCCUGGAAGGAGCCGAUCCCCGGCUGGGUGGACAACUUCAACGGGCCGACCGGCAUGAUCGCCGGCGCCGGCAAGGGCCUGAUGCGCACGCUGCUCUGCCACGAGGACCUGGUGGCCGACGUCAUCCCUGUGGACGUGCCCAUCAACCUGAUGAUCACGGCCGCCUGGCACACGGCCGUGCAUAGCCCGCGCCAGCCCAUCGUUUACAACUGCGCGUCGGGGACGAUUCAGCCGAUCCGAUGGCGCGAGGUGCGCGACUGGGGGCCUCACCUGCCAUGCCCUGACCAGACCCGAAGGCCCGACCUGACCGCACCCCUUGCCUCAGUGACCUGCGCCUGGAAGGAGCCGAUCCCCGGCUGGGUGGACAACUUCAACGGGCCGACCGGCAUGAUCGCCGGCGCCGGCAAGGGCCUGAUGCGCACGCUGCUCUGCCACGAGGACCUGGUGGCCGACGUCAUCCCUGUGGACGUGCCCAUCAACCUGAUGAUCACGGCCGCCUGGCACACAGCCGUGCAUAGCCCGCGCCAGCCCAUCGUUUACAACUGCGCGUCGGGGACGAUUCAGCCGAUCCGAUGGCGCGAGGUGCGCGACUGGGGCGUGCGGGAGCUGCGCCAGAACCCCAUGUGCAACGUGCUCUGGUACCCGGGCGGCAGUUUCACCAGCUCGCCCCUCUCCAACAAGUUCUGGGUGGUCGUGUGCCACUUCAUCCCGGCCUACAUCCUCGACGCAGUCAUCAUGAUGAUGGGCAAGAAGCCGCUGCUAGUGCGAAUCCACAAGCGCAUGCUGAAGGCCGCGGAGUGCCUGACCUACUUCACCACGCACCAGUGGACCUUCAAGUCCAACAAUGUGCUGGCCCUGCUCGACCAGAUGUCCGAGCAUGACAAGGAGGAGUUCCACUUCGAUCUGAAGGAUCUGGACUGGAAGAAGUACCUCGCCAUCUACUGCAUCGGAGUGAGGCGCUUCAUACUGAAGGAGGACGACGACAUGGAGCGCUCGCGUCGUCACUUGCGCAGGAUGUACUACGUGCAGGAGGGCUGCCGGCUGCUGUUCUUCCUCCUCACGUGGCGGGCCAUCCUGAACCGUUCAGACACGGCGCGCGCGCUGUGGUCGUCGCUGCUGGCGAUGCUGCGCAGCCUGCUGCCAGCCAUCGUCGCGCCCCUGACCAGCUAGUUCAACGCCCCGCUCGGCCAGCAGCCCCCGCGGUGCCGACAGCAACGCACACGCACUCGCACACACGAUGCCGGCACAUCAUUUACACAGGCGAGCACGCGCACACACACACGCACAAACGCGCACACACACGCGCGCGCGCACACACACACACAUGCAUACACACACAAAUACAUACACACACACGCACGCACAGACACGCACGCACGCACAUGCGCACUCACACACACACCGAAUUAUCGCCAUCACACGCAGACAACGCUCUCAGAACGCACAUACACUCUCUCCGACACCGGCCUAGCAUCGCAGAAACGCGAACGCAUCGACGCAAACAGUUCGCAGACACACACAAACACGCCCACAUGUCUGCACCGGAGGGGUAUGUGCACGCACUAGUCCAAGAACAUAAAUUGAAGGAACGUGAAACUGUGGUCCGUUUGCCGCGUGCCUCGCGGCUCGCACGCGGGCAGACACUGCGUCCCAUCCCUCAGCCACGACAAACUGGGAGGCCAGCUGGGGCCGAGGACGACUCCCUGAGGCCCGCUUCACGCCGGGGGCGGUCUUCUGAGCUCAAGAGUGCGAAAUCAAAACCGGCCCCAAUGACGGGAGCCGGGCUGCGAUGAAUGCAUGUGGUGGUGCUCGCGUGUGAGAGAGGCUUCUACUUCCCGGUAUGGGACGGCGCAAGAGGACAGCGUGGGCUAUGCGGUGCUUCAGGUGUGCUGUUGAAGAGCGCAGGGGAGUGCAUGGCACGUGCGGCACGGCAUGGCACGGCUCAUGGGAAUCAGCGGCCGAAGUGCUGAGAGUUGGGAGCGGCGAAAACCGUCAGGAAAAGCUGGAGCCAGAGUUGUGGCGGCAUCUGGCGGUCGUCCGCGCGGAAUGCGCCGCGUGCUUCGUUUUCUGCUCAGAGUUGAAAGUGGAGAGAAAUCCUUGUUGAGAAACGGAGCGCAUGCCUACGAAACGCAGCCGACCAAUGUUACUAGAUUUAAGCGGUUUACUUUAAGUCGUCCUCACGCUGCCAAUAAUCUUGCUCACUGUCACGGGUUACGUGCGUACGACUGGUCCGCUGCGCAUGUGAGUCCAGCAGCGAUGCCGCUAUCCUCGGUGCGGUGCGAUGUGUCAGCUGUUUAGCGAUAAAUGCCGGUGCCGGCCAGGUCAGCUGGGUUCGCGGCCUGCCGCCGGCGCGCCGCGCGCUUCACCUGCUUGUUGUUGACCUCCGUCCGAACCCAGGGUGCUCAUCAGCAGAGGCGGCGGCGCGGGAGGCGGCCGGUCGGACCCGGCCCGUCCCGCCGCCGCUCCGCUCCUCUGCUGUACAUACUUCCGUGCAAGCGCGCCGGCCGCGGUCGCGUUGGAUUUACUGCAAUAAAUCAGGACCCGACGAC